UGCUUUCGACGUGUCUUGUUGAGCUAUCCAAAGUCAUCCUGCCAUCGUACCGCGUCAAAGCGCCCCAGAUGACUCUUCUAAGAAGAAGAAGAAGAAGAUAUGUAAUUGUAGGUCGCGUCAGGACCAAGACGGUGAAGAAGGCGGCCCGGGUGAUCAUCGAGAAGUACUACACCCGGCUGGGCAACGACUUCCACACCAACAAGCGGGUGUGCGAGGAGAUCGCCAUCAUUCCCAGCAAGAAACUCCGCAACAAGAUCGCCGGUUACGUGACGCACCUGAUGAAACGCAUCCAGCGAGGUCCCGUGCGAGGAAUCUCCAUCAAGCUGCAGGAGGAGGAACGCGAGAGGCGCGACAACUACGUGCCCGAGGUGUCGGCUCUGGACCAGGAGCUGAUCGAGGUGGACCCCGACACCAAGGAGAUGCUCAAGCUGCUGGACUUCGGCGGCCUGUCCAACCUUCAGGUGACGCAGCAAACGGUCGGCAUGAACUUCAAACAACCUCGAGGAGUUUAAAUGUUUUUCUUCUUCUGCUAAUAAAACAAAAACGAACACUG